UAGUCUCCGUCAAACACUCUCUCUGUCAUCACGCUUGGAAGUAUUUACAAUGCGACUGGGGGCACUAUAACGUAUUCUGUCAAACAUGAUUUUUCUGGGAAAUUAGCUGAACAGAGCACAUAUCCAGUCAAAAUAGACAAUGGCCAGUACAGUGUGUUUAAGCAUGAGGGAACUUCUGGAAAACGUAGUGAAUCGUGUGGAGCUGUUGUGUAUUGGGGCACAAACAAGGAUGAGAAAGCCUGUGAUUGGAUGUUUUCUUGGUCCAACCCAACCAAUAAGGACAAUAAGGUCUUUACUGAGAUUGCUGAACAUGGUCACUAUAAGGCAAACUCCAACGACUCUACUUGGGAUCAUGUCCAUGAAGAGGUGAGCAAAUCUGGCACCACCAGUGCAUGUGAAUGGAAAGGUUGCUUCUCGUCUAUGACAUCUACUCCUAGUAAUGAUGUGAAAUCCCGCGUCCUUGUGGAUGCAACAGCGACACAAGACACAGCCAAGGCCUAAGAAUUUGCGAUCUGCGACCCAGUCAUACAUGAUCAUAUCUUUUGGAGUAGUAUGUGCAGUAUUAAUGUCUUUCAUAUGGCUGUAUUUAAUAAAAAAAAUUUCCCUAUGGGAAGCUUCCCCUUUUAAAUUAGUAAGCAUGUUAUAAUUAUAAAUAAUGUUAUUAUCAUGUGCUGAAAUGGCUGGUAACUAAAUGUAAUGUUUUUAUCAUAUGAAUUCAAUAAAGAAGAGAAGGUUUCCCCUUCUCAGUUGUGUGCCAA